AAUGCAGGGGCAGGGGGCUCCCUCUGCCUCUCCUCGCCGCGCAGCGCGCGCCGGCUGCGCCGUCCCGGCUUCGGUCGGCCGCUCGCUCGGCGCGGGAGCUCCGG